CUGGUUUGCUGGUCAGAGCGGUCUGUUACGAUUGGAUCCAUACAUGGUCUGCUGUUUCAGAGUUACCCAAUCAGCAGGCAAGUCUAUGAGUGGAUGUUAUCGAUACCUGAGUACUUUGAUUUCCUUGACCCAGAAUUAAUUCAGAUUGAGAAGGGAAUGGGCGAUUGCCCGAAGCUAUUCGGAAAUGUUACCGUAUUCGUUGCAUUUGUUAAAUCCUCGAUGGAGAAGCACUACCGAGUAGCCCAGCAGUCGUUAGAGUGCUAUCUUAAAGGAGUCAACUACACUCUAUUAUUGGUGGAUCUGAUGACGGAUGAAAGGGUACAAAAAAAGUGCUCGCUGAACAAGCAGCUAUUUUUCAAGAAGCACUGUGCCGCUGCAGCUUACUUACCGGACACGGAUUGGAUGCUUGUGCUCGAUGCUGACACUGAUCACCCACCCACUCUUCGGCUUGUGAAUUUCCUGUGCAAGAUAAUUAAUAAUUGCGUUCGGAAUACGGAGUUCGCUGUGAAGUUUCUACAGGACUGGGGUAAUUGGGAAUUCACUCAACCCUCUAACUGGAAUGGAGCAGAUAAUGGCGUCUUGCAGCUACUUAUCAUGAAAACAGUGCUUCCAUCAGCCACUCAAGAGACAAAGAAUUGCGAUAAUGUGUGGCACAAUGCAUCGGAUUACGACACCUACUUAAUUUACGUAUCAUGUGUCAAGCAAGCACUGGGGGCAACGAGACUCUGGCCAGGAAAGAUCAGGAUCUAUCACAGAGCCCAUGGAUGGGUUUUUUGCGACCUCAUCUCUCUUAUUAUAAAGCAGAAACUUGGUGUGUCGGUUUGUCGG